CAAUUCAAGGGAAUGAAGAAUUCAGAAUAACUUUGCUACAUGGAUUCCAAUAUGGGGAAUAAGAAUAAGCUGAAUAUUUGACCUGCUUUGAAGAAACAUACUGUCCAUUUGUCUAAAGUAAUCUAUAACAACCAAACCAAUCAAAAUGAAUGCAACAUUAUUUUCCCAGGUUGAAAAUCAUUCAAUAUACUAUAAUUUUUCAGAGAAGAAUUCCCAGUUUUUGGCUUUUGAAAAUGAUGAUUGUCAUCUGCCCUUGGCCAUGAUAUUUACAUUAGCUCUUGCUUAUGGAGCUGUGAUAAUCCUUGGGGUCUCUGGAAACCUGGCUUUGAUCAUAAUCAUCUUGAAACAAAAGGAGAUGAGAAAUGUUACCAACAUCCUGAUUGUGAACCUUUCCUUCUCAGACCUGCUUGUUGCCAUCAUGUGUCUCCCCUUCACAUUCGUCUACACAUUAAUGGACCACUGGGUUUUUGGUGAGACAAUGUGCAAGUUGAAUCCUUUUGUGCAAUGUGUUUCAAUCACUGUAUCCAUUUUCUCUCUGGUCCUUAUUGCUGUGGAACGGCAUCAGCUGAUAAUCAACCCACGAGGGUGGAGGCCAAAUAAUAGACAUGCUUACAUAGGUAUUGUUGUCAUUUGGGUCCUUGCUGUGGCUUCUUCUUUACCGUUCCUGAUCUAUCAAGUACUGACUGAUGAGCCAUUCCAAAAUCUAACGCUUGAUGCAUACAAGGACAAAUACGUGUGCUUUGAUAAAUUUCCAUCGGACUCUCAUAGAUUGUCUUACACCACUCUCCUCUUGGUGCUGCAGUAUUUUGGCCCACUCUGUUUUAUAUUUAUUUGCUACUUCAAGAUAUAUAUACGCUUAAAAAGAAGAAACAACAUGAUGGACAAGAUGAGAGACAGUAAGUACAGGUCCAGUGAAACCAAAAGAAUCAACAUCAUGCUGCUCUCCAUUGUGGUAGCAUUUGCAGUCUGCUGGCUGCCUCUCACCAUCUUCAACACUGUGUUUGAUUGGAAUCAUCAGAUCAUUGCUACCUGCAACCAUAAUCUGUUAUUCCUGCUCUGCCAUCUCACAGCAAUGAUAUCCACCUGUGUCAACCCUAUAUUUUAUGGAUUCCUGAACAAAAAUUUUCAGAGAGACUUACAAUUCUUCUUUAACUUUUGUGAUUUCCGGUCUCGGGAUGAUGACUAUGAGACAAUAGCCAUGUCUACCAUGCACACAGAUGUUUCUAAGACUUCUUUAAAGCAAGCAAGCCCAGUCGCAUUUGAAAAAAUCAACAACGAUGAUAAUGAAAAAAUCUGAAUCUGCAGUAGCAUAUGGUCACUGAUGACAUCUGUUUAGAAACAAGCACAACCUGCAACAUGCUUUCAUGACCUGUUCUCCCAAGGAAUGGGGUUGAAAUCAUUGAAGAGGGACCAAGAUUUUCUUGUCUUGCUUUUUAUUGCUUUUGUUAUAGCUGUCACGAUUACAUUUGGAACAAAAUGUAUGGGCUUUGAAAUCUUCUGGUAAUAGUUUUGGCCAGACAGCCUCGAAGUGCUCUUUGUAAA